UGUGCUCUAGUGUCCUACAAAUCCUCAGAAUUCCUCUUUAGUUUGAUUACAGACGGCGAGUUUGCAAGGAGUUUGUCUUAAAUUAAUGAACUCAUGCAUGUACCGGACUGGACUUAACUCUUUAGAGUUCAUCAUCGUCUACUGGUUGCAGACUGGUUUCUCACAAAUGGAGUCCUUCAUGUCACAGUUUGUUGGACAUCCCCUCAAGAAAGAUCUUGAUUUGGUACUUGAAGGGGAGUACGACUUGUACUAACCUACCGUGUCGCACUUCACCGUCACCGCCUCGAGACACUCACCAAGCAUUUUGGGAUGAUUUGCAAUGGGAAUAAUUCGCAUAACUCUGUCAUGUCUUGACUAUAGUAAACACUCUCAAGGAAGAAUGAAGUAACCGCGAUGGAGCCGGACAAUGCCCCGUACUCCAAACUCAAACCAGCUGGAGUCGGGGGGAGAACACUAUUUCUCUGCACUGUCCUCUACUGUACUUACUGUCUGGGGUUGGCACAAGAACAACUUGAAGAUGUGGAUAUCCUCCAGAAGCUCGGCCUGGUCUGGAAGAGGCCCUCAUCCGGGAUGCGCUCCACUCUGCAGGGCGUCAUCCCCUUCAAGUCCGGAGUUAUCCUCACCCAGAGGGCACGGAUCGAGGUGCCCUUGAGUUCUGUGGUCCCGUUGCCACUGGGCACGGAGUUUGCCCUCAUCUUGAGCGUGUGUUCGCACCGCAUCAACAACGCCUUUCUCUUCACCGUCAUGUCAAAGAAGAAGAGACUGCAGCUAGGGGUGCAGUUCAUCCCUGGCAAAAUUAUAGUUUAUGUUGGCCAAAAGAACUCUGUAUAUUUUGAUUAUGAUGUUCACAAUGGCCAGUGGCACAAUCUGGCCUUGGAUAUCCAACCCCAAAGGGUUACUUUAUAUACUUCUUGUGGGAAGACAAGUGUACAUGCAAAUUUGCAUUUUAAAAAUGAGGAAACUCUGGGUCCAGAAGGCUCCUUUCUUCUGGGCAAAAUGAGCCAGAAUUCAGUGCAGUUUGAAGGUGCCAUUUGCCAGUUUGACAUUCACCUCUCUGCCAAGGCAGCUCACAACUAUUGUAAAUACAUUAAAAAACAGUGCAGGGAAGCUGACACCUUUCGGCCAAACCUCCCACCCCUUUUGCCACUGUUACCCCUGGAUCCCAAUAUCUCUGUCACCCUUCGGACCCCUACUGCCAUAAAUGAGCUCAUCAACAAAGGCUUUACCCCCAGCUUGUCACUGACACAGGAUGAGAUGAGGUUUACCUCAGGAGUGCCUAACACUUCUGUCCUAAUGACAACACAGUCUGGUUCCGUGAUCCUAAACAUUCAUGGAACAGUGCCUCCAAGGAUGGCCAGACCAACUCUGGAGGUUCCUGCCCAAGCAAAAAUCUCAGCUGUCACUGCUUCCCUUAGGAUUGGAGGAUCACCCACACAGCCCAAACCUACUCGGCAGAGCAGUUCCAUAAACAUCAUUCAGGUGGUAACCGCGAAAUCCCAGAAGUCAAAAGGGAACGGCGUUUCUGUAACAUACAGGCCAGACAGACAGAAGCCAAGCAUUCAGCCUUCUGCAGCCACCAAACCUAGUCGCUCUGGAACUUACAGCAUAUCAAACUUAUCAGAGAGACCACUGACCACUGUAACUGUGAAGAGAUCCAUGCCAGAGGUCACCACCAAGCCCACCUCUUUUGUGCCUGUCAUACAUGCGGCCACAGAUGGGUUUCAAACCUUUGAGCUGGAACCAAUGCAGUUUUCCCUCCUGGCUGGCCCACCAGGACUCAAAGGAGAACCAGGACCACCGGGACCUCAUGGACUUCCUGGAAAGUCAGGAUUACCAGGGAAAAGAGGACCGCGGGGAUCUCCAGGUCCACAUGGAAGCCCAGGUCGCCCAGGGCCACCAGGACUCAAGGGAAUAAAGGGAGACCCCGGACUCUCGCCUGGCCGAGCGCCAAGUGGAGCAAAAGGGGACCCUGGGAUCUCGGGACCUCCUGGACUGUCUGGUCAAGUUGGCCGAAAGGGGCAGAAAGGUCAUCCUGGUCCGUCUGGCCAUCCUGGAGACCCUGGGGCGCGAGGGCCCGACGGAAGCCCGGGUGCCAAAGGUUAUCCUGGCAGGCAGGGUUUGCCUGGGCCUAUAGGAAAUGCAGGACCACAAGGAGUUCGGGGUUUCAUUGGAACUCCAGGGCUCUUUGGUCUCCCAGGACCCGAGGGAGAAAGAGGCACUCCUGGUGUUCCUGGGAAGAAGGGCAAGAUGGGUAGGCCGGGCUUUUCUGGGGAUUUUGGUGAGAGAGGACCACCAGGGCCUGAUGGAAACCCAGGGGAGCUGGGGGCACCUGGUCCUAGCGGAGUACCUGGCUUUGUUGGAGACACGGGGCCUGUUGGAAACAUGGGCCUUCCAGGACCUAUUGGACUGAAGGGCAUCGCAGGGAAUCCGGGUGAGCCAGGACUGAAAGGUGAUAAGGGUGAAGUUGGUUUGCCAGGGGAGCAAGGGGAGCCUGGAUUCCAAGGCGAUAAGGGCUUUCUGGGCUUACCAGGCAUGCCCGGUGUCCGUGGAAAGCCAGGGCCACGGGGGAAACCAGGAGAUUGCGGCCCAGACGGUCAGCCCGGGCCCCCUGGCCCAGAAGGAUUUCCAGGGGAUAUUGGACCACCAGGACAGAAUGGCCCAGAAGGCCCAAAGGGGAAGCCAGGAGCCAGAGGCAUGCCUGGUCCAUGCGGAGCUGUUGGACUUGAGGGUGAUGAAGGAGCAUCUGGACCAGCUGGGGACUCUGGACAGGAGGGCAGGCCUGGGAGGAAGGGGUUCUCUGGAAAACCAGGAGCAGAGGGGCCCAAGGGUGAACCUGGGAUACCUGGAAAUGCUGGGAUGCUUGGUGAAAGGGGUCCUGUCGGUUUCAUUGGGCCUGUUGGUGAAACUGGGCUUCUUGGGGAGAAGGGAGACCGUGGAGAGAUGGGUCAACCCGGGCCGCCAGGAGAAAAUGGAGCGAUGGGACACCCUGGACUACCUGGUGAAGGAGGAGCACCUGGACUGCCAGGAAUACCUGGCCCUCCUGGUUCCAGAGGACUCAGUGGCACCAGAGGACCCAAAGGCAGAAGGGGAACAAGGGGUCCUGAUGGACCAGCUGGAGAGAAAGGAUCAGAGGGAAGCAAGGGUCCAGAUGGCCACCUGGGAGCAUUUGGUUUGCCAGGACCGAUGGGAAGAAUAGGAGACACGGGGGAAACAGGAAUGCCUGGAUUCCCAGGCAUUCAAGGACCCAUUGGACCACCAGGAGCAAAAGGAAUCCCAGGAGAACCUGGACCUCUAGGGCCGCCAGGAACAAUGGGUCCACUGGGAGAGAUUGGGUUAAAGGGGCCAUCGGGAAAAGUCGGAGAAUGGGGCUUACCAGGCGAACCAGGAGAGAAGGGAGCUGCUGGGCCUCCAGGGAACAUCGGUGAACCCGGCUUGAUUGGACAAAGAGGCGAACCUGGGCUCGACGGGGAAGCUGGGCUCAGCAGCCCUGAUGGAGCCAAGGGUGAAAAGGGGGACAUGGGAGAGGAGGGUGAGCAAGGAGAAAAGGGAGAGAUGGGCCAGAAAGGAAAGGAAGGUCAUGCUGGGUGAUCCGGCCUGGUCGGCGUCAGAGGUCCUGAAGGCAAACCUGGCAAAAUUGGUGAGCGAGGCAGACCAGGAGAGAAGGGUAGCAAGGGACACCAGGGUUACCUCGGCGAGACUGGGCCAAUUGGCAAGCAGGGUCCCAUGGGUUUCCCAGGGCCAAAGGGAAACAGAGGAACCAUUGGAUUUAUGGGUGCACCUGAAAUGGGCCAACCAGGAGAUCCAGGCCCACAAGGAUAUGAAGGUCACCAAGGACCUCAAGGUCCAUUAGGCCCCCAAGGACCAAAAGGGGCAAAGGGUGAGCAAGGAGAUGACGGGAAGAUUGACGGUCCCGCUGGUCCUCCAGGCGACAUUGGUUCUGUUGGAGUUAGGGGAGAUAGAGGAGAACCUGGUGACCAUGGCUACCCAGGGCAGCCAGGUGUGAAUGGAGAGAGGGGGAAACUGGGAGCUCCAGGAUUACCUGGACGUUCUGGUCCAACAGGCCUACCAGGGCCCAAAGGAUCCAAAGGCAGUCAAGGUCCAAAAGGCAGAAAAGGUGCCCAAAGUGAACCUGGCAGCAGAGGGGCUCCUGGUCCUGUUGGUCCUUCUGGCCCAAGAGGCAUUGUUGGCCGACAGGGGCUCGAGGGCAGUCCUGGCAUUGAGGGACCUCCUGGAAAAGAUGGGCCCAAGGGAAUGCCUGGCGAGCAGGGAAGUGACGGAGAAGUGGGCAUACCUGGAAACAUGGGUCCACAAGGCAAAACUGGGCCACCAGGCUUAGAAGGGAACACAGGGUCCUUUGGAGCAAAGGGUGAGCAGGGUCUCACAGGUGAGACUGGGCCCACAGGGAAGCGUGGAGUUACUGGAAGCAUAGGGAUGCCAGGCAAACUGGGCAAUCUGGGGGUCAAAGGCCAACCAGGCGAUUCUGGAGCGCAGGGAUUCCCCGGAUUUCUUGGAUUGUUUGGACCUAAGGGUCCACCGGGUGAUGUUGGUCCUGUUGGUAUACAGGGACCAAAAGGACCUCAGGGCAUGAUGGGAAGGGAGGGAGCCAUCGGGCCAGCCGGGAUCGUCGGCCCCAGCGGUUAUCCGGGACCCCAGGGGGACAAAGGAAGCCGAGGGGAGACGGGUGUACCAGGACCAAGGGGACCUCCAGGUCCUCGUGGCUCACCAGGACCCCCAGGCCUCCCUGGUGGUCCUGUGUCACUUAAUAAUGAGGCACUUGGAGCUACUUUACAAAUUAUAAUUGAGUCCUACUCUGCACUGAGGUCUGAGACAUACUCAGACGUGGAGUUCCCCAUGCUGGACCAGGGAACCGAGAUCUUUAAGACCCUUCACUACCUCAGUAACCUGAUUUACAGUAUCAAGAACCCACUGGGAACCCAAGAGAACCCAGCUAGGAUGUGCCGGGAUCUGAUGGACUGUGAGCAGAGGGUGAAAGAUGGCACUUAUUGGAUUGACCCAAACCUAGGGUGCUCAACAGACACGAUUGAGGUGACCUGCAACUUCACUGGAGGAGGCCAGACCUGCCUGAAGCCAGUCACUGCAUCCAAGUUGGAGAUGGGCGUGGGCCUCGUUCAGAUGAACUUCAUCCACCUGCUGAGUUCAGAAGCGGUGCAGCUCCUCACCAUCCACUGCCUGAACAUGCCAGUGUGGGCAGCAGGACCCUCCAGAGCUCCGUCACCAAGCGCCAUGCACUUCAAAGCCUGGAACGGGCAGAUGAUUGAAGCCAGGGGGCUUAUCCAGCCUGACCUGCUCAAGGAUGAGUGCUGGAUGACAGACGGCCGGUGGCAUCAGACGCAGUUCCGCUUCCAGACGCAGGAGCCCGGCCUGUUGCCCAUAGUGGACGUGCUCAACCUCCCCAGCGCCAAGCCCGGCUCCAGCUACCACCUGGAGGUGGGUCCUGUGUGCUUCCUGUAGAGCACGCUGGCGACAGCUGCGAAGCCCUCUCCUCCCCAAAGAGCUGCACGCGCAGGAGCGAGCACUGCAGUCGCUGUGCACUCUGGAUGCCGGGUCCAGAAGGCCCUGCUCUCCCUGCUCAAAGUCUGACUGCAGACUCCAAACAUGUGGAAGGCGACAUCCAGAGCAUCCUGGGAGAAAACAGGACUUCUCAUGCCGGGGGCUCUGCAGACAAAAUGGCCUUUAAAUAAUGGGAAAUGUUGAGCAGUCUGUCUUGAACUGUCUGAACAGUUAAUUUAUUCAUGCAGUUGGGCUUUUGCACAUGGUGUGAAAGCCAAGUCACAGGCAAAGAACAGGAAAUCGUGCAUAUAUUGGCAUUUACAGUACUUAUUUUGUAUCAUUUUGUUACACGUGGGUUUAUGUAUUUAUAUAUGUAUGUAUAUUUUCUGUAAAGUGCAAUAGAAAAUGGGGAGAUUUUGUUAUAUAAAGAUGAAUCCUAUAUUUGGCUGGUCUAGGGUAGUGAGGUUUACUGUCACUCAUAUUGACCUUUUCAGGUUUGGUGCAUGACUUUGAGUGUGCGUGUGCACAUGCGUGCAUGCAUGUGUGUAUAUGUGUGUGUGGAUUAAUGGUCUGCAGCUCUCAUUCUGGAGCAGGACCUUUGAACAGGAUACAUGCAAACAUACACACACACACACACACACACACACACUCCAACAACUAACUCAUCAGGUUUAGUUCACAGUUCCGGAGGUGGAUUCAGGCUUGAAAAUGUCAUUAUAUGUCUACCUCCAAUCUCACAUUUUUAUGGUGCUUUAGGAAAAUCAGCUCCAAAGAAAUACAUAUGUGUCCUGUGGUUAAAUUACUUUUGAGAGCAGGUCUGUGCUUACUUCCAACAAAUGUCUAUAAAUUAAAUGCCUUUUAUAUUUUAAAAUGGAAUAUUUUUGUAUAAAUAGAAAAACAAAUGGUGACCUUUUUAUGCUGCCAUAUUUUAGCAAACAUUGAGAUGUAUGCCUCAUUUGUGCAUAUCUUUCAAUUCUGCAAAAAGUCUGAAAGCUGACAGCUUUGUUCUUCUAGAUGCAGACAAACUAAGCUCCUGUCUAACUAUUCUCAUUUAAACAGGCUGGGUUCCUUCUCAUACUACUAAACGUGGUCCACAUAUAAGCCCUGUUGCCUUGAAAAUCAAAAAGGGUCCAAAACUCAAAGACUCCUGUUAGCAUUUACUACCAUUAGCCCUGUCUGACUGCACAUAUGAUCAUUUGAUCUUUGGCUUUCUCAACUGCUCUGAAAACAACUGUUUUUACAAAGAUGCAUACAUGAAACAAUAGUGUUACAAUCCGGAAUCAACAAUAAACAUGUUACCAUGGAACUUUCUUUUUGAAUAGAAGGGCAAACCCUACCCACUACAAGAACAUAUCCUUUACAGCUAGCUGGCCAAGGUGCCUCCAUGGCCCUGAUUCUUGUAUGGUAUUCAGUUCCAUUUUCUUUGACCUUUUUUCCUUACAGAUGCACAAAAAAAAAAAACAUUUGUUUUGCAAAUAGUUUUGGGUAGAACUAUCAAGAGCCAAUUUGUUUUACCAAAUAAGCAUAUUCAAAAAAAAAAUUGUGCAUUUUGGUGUACAUUUUAGGUUUCUCUGACUGUGUGUAGCUUACUAUCCUUUUAGGGUAAUUAAAAUAUUCUCUUCUGUGAUGGUGUUGUUUUGGGUGUUUGUGAGUGUUCUGCUUUUUUGUUUGUUUCUCCAAUUCCUACUGUUUUUAUUUUAUUUUUAUUUUAUGGUCAGAAUACCUCACAUGUAAAUCAUAAACCAAAAUGUUUCUCUCCAAUAUGAAUUUGUGAACAAAUGUUGAAAUCAAAGCCAAAAUGAAGGAUUAUAUUUCUAAAUAUUUCUCUGUCCUUUCACAAUGUUAUUGUUAUUACCUCUGAAUAAACAGUUGGGCCUUCAGUAAA